AUUUUUUAAGUGUUCAAUAAAGAGAAUAUUUUGAGAUCUGCUCCUGUUCACAACAAUGAACAAAACCAAUUCUAAGUAAAGAUUCUAAAAUUUCUUGAAAAGACAUAUUCAAAAUUUUGAAGGUUGUUUAAUUAUUGGAAUUUUGAGAUUUUUACAUCUGGAGAAAUAUUUUACAUAUAAACUGAGCGGAUAAUAUAGCAUGUUAAUUUAAAUCUUCCUGAAUUAUUAAAUUUGGAUAACUUAUAUCUAAUGUAGUAGCGAUUAAUGAU